AUGAUCAGACAGAUGACGUUGUCAGUUUUAUUCCUAAUCUUAGGUUUGGCCCAGUUCGCUCGAGGUGACGUCGACCAUAUUGAGGUAAAGGGCAAACAAUUUUUUAAUUCUAGAACCGGCGAACCAUUUUACAUUAGAGGUGUUGAUUACCAACCCGGUGGCUCUUCCGAUGUCAGUGAGAAGAAAGACCCUUUGUCUGACCCAGAAGCGUGUGCUCGUGAUAUUGUGUUGUUUCAAGAACUAGGGAUUAAUACUGUUCGGAUUUAUUCCGUCAAUCCAGACUUGAAUCAUGAUAAAUGUAUGACGAUACUGGCGACAGCGGGAAUAUAUUUGAUCCUAGAUGUGAACUCACCCAUGGAAAAUCAGCAUUUAAAUAGAUAUCAACCAUGGACCACUUAUAAUGAAAUCUAUCUGGAGCACGUACUCAAGGUCGUUGAACAGUUCUCACAUUACGACAAUACAUUGGGAUUUUUUGCUGGUAAUGAGAUUGUAAAUGAUGAGCAGUCGGCUAAGCAUUCGCCGCCUUAUAUCAAGGCAGUUGUCAAGGAUAUGAAAAAAUACAUCAAGAAAAACUCUCCACGGAUAAUACCAGUUGGUUAUUCAGCAGCAGACGAUCUUUUCUACCGAGUUCCUCUAUCUUACUAUCUAGAGUGCUGUGAAGAUCCCGAUGACGACAUCAGUGUCGACUUUUAUGGUGUCAAUUCGUACCAAUGGUGUGGAGUCCAAACAAUGGAAUCCUCGGGUUACGAUGAGCUUGUUGAAGCUUACAAGAAUUUUACCAAACCAGUGUUUUUCUCUGAGUUUGGCUGCAAUGAAGUUCUACCCAGGCAAUUCGAUGAAAUUAAAGCCCUUUACUCGAAGGAUAUGUGCGGUAUCUUCAGCGGAGGUCUGCUAUAUGAAUUUACACAAGGCCCUAACAAUUAUGGGCUUGUCGAUUUGGACUCUGAUGGUAACGUGCGGCUGCUGGACGACUUUACUACACUAAAAAAUCAUUAUAAUACCACCAAGAUGCCCUCUAAGAGUGAUUUGGAACAAGCCAUUACUGCUGACAAUACACUGACUAAACUAGACGAAUCGCAAAGAAACGUGGCAAUCUGUCAGAAGAGUUACGAGAAUUUGAAGAUUGACGGAAAAGUUGCCAGUGGUCUUGCCGACAAUCUCAUCAAGAAAGGUGUGACAGUGGAUCAUGGAAACUAUGUUGACUUGAACGACGACGACUUGACUACAAAAUUUGAAAUAUUAAACGCUAACGGUGACGAAUGGAAGGGUUCAAAGAGUAUUAGAAAGGUCAACCACAUGACUGCCUCCGAAAGAUCGAGAGGCACUAGUGAGAACCCCAAUGGAGGGACGACCGGAGUUGGUUCAAGAGGUAGCAAGAAUCAUGCAGUCAAAAGUUUAUCCGUUCCUUUUAAAAUCAUGCCUAUAGUUUUAGCGCAUAUGCUCUAUCAUUUUUUAGUUUAG